AUGGCACCCGACACGAUCGACGCGCUCGACCGCCUCGGUUUCCAGUGGCCGUGCACCGACCUCGAUCUCGUGACGCCGGCGACGCGACUGUACCAAAAGCUCGCAUGCUUGAGGGAAAUGGUGCCAGCGGAAUUUGUCGUGUCUCGCAACAAUGCGUGGCCGACAUAUCUUCACGGCGUCGCGCUCGGAAAGCUCGCAGAGGAGCUUCGGGUACAUCUUGACUGCCAGCGCGCCACGUGCGCGUCGAGCCUCGCAACUGCUGCUGGGAUCGACGACGACGCAUCCGACCCGUCGUCUCCCGCUGCAGUGUUUACGCCGGCGACGAUCGAAUUCGGUGCUAUGCCGCAAUCCACGGCGGCGACGACGUCCCAGUGCUUUUUCACGUGCCGAAUCUGCGUCCGUGGCCAGUCGAAGCCGCUGGGCUUCUUUGUGCACGAGAGCCAACGCGCUCCUCCCGAGGGUCGCCGUCCUCCGUGUGAAACCAGUGGGCCCCAUGGUGCAAGCGCCGAAUUCGACAUGGCGGAAUUCGACGACGGCAUCGACAUGGCAGACGAUGCUUGUGCUACUGCCAACGUCGCCGUAUCCGACGACGGUACGCGUGCGAAGAGUCCUCGCGAGGACGGUUCUAUGAGCAUCGACGCCGACAACGAUGACUACGACCUGGAGACUGCCAUGUCCUCGGACGACGACGACGACGAUGCUUUUGGCGACGACGACGCGGCUUUGGCUAUCGCACCCGAGGCUGUGUCCCAGAACGAGUGCAGCACAAUCCUGGAUACCAGCAUCGACGUACCGAGCCCCAAGCCCUCAGACAAGAGCGACGCGCCAGGUGCGGAAGAUUGCGAUACCACGCCGUCCCCGAACGAGCUUUCAUUGCCCGCGAGCUUUGAUCGCCCAGACGCCAUUUGCACCACACCACAAGGCGAACGCGCGCCUCCGAGCCCGAAGAGCCCAUCGCGACCCACCGCUGAAGAGAGUGCGCUUUUAGCAAAUGAGAUGGCUCGGAAUUGCGGUGCCUCGGCGACGUCUGUCCGCAUCGAGACAUGCACUUUGCAGCCCACGACCAGCGCCGAAUCGACGAUCUCGCACGACGACAGCUGCGACCCAGCGAUCGUCUCGCUGGCCCUCAAGAGCUUUUACGCUUUAUACUCGCAUCAAGUCAUCCCGAUCGACUUUUGCGUCCCACGCCAAGACGCUCGGUGGCCGCGCGUCUGUUGGGGGCUGGCGCUAGGCUCGCUCUGGGCAAGAGCAAGAACCGAGGCGCCAGUGCCACCUCCAGAUCUGGCGCUGACGAUGCAGGCUCUCGGUGUCUACUACGAGAUCACGGGCCCUUUGCACGUCUCGCCCAGCUUUGUCGUGCCAUCCAAUUCGACCAAGUGGCCGCGUCACUUGUGGGGCCUGUCGCUUCGACUACCUCCGGGCACCGAGACGCCGUUUGGUCGCUACCACGGUCCCGACGACGUCAGCGUCGACUGGGCCGCUUGA